AUGUCAGUGAACGACUACAAGAAAGCACGAGGUGCUCUAUCUGGGGAUGCGGAUGAAGAAGCAGACAUCAAGAAAAUCGAGAUGGUUGAUAUCAUCGAGACCGAAGGAAGAUGGGGUUCUCGAUCUACCAUUACUCUCACUGCAGACAUCCACAAGGCACGGCAGGAUAAGGACCGCUUUCAGGAGUAUGCUCUGAUCCUCCGGCGUCUGAGAGAUGAAGAUGGAAAGCCGCUCGCAACGAGACUCGAAAUACAGUCGCCGAUUAUCCGAGCUGCCAUACAGGAAGUAUUGGGCGAAUAUCCCACCAUCAAUAUGGAGUCCAAUCCUAUCAUCAUUGAGCGGCCUUACGCACCCCUCUACCACUAUCGGAAAGAGUUGCGCGAGUAUGCCGUUCACGCGGAUCGCACCAAGGAAGAAAAAGACCACAUGUCGACUCUGAUUCAUUUCAUGGACUUGUACCUCCGCAAAGCCGAGAAGACAAAUGAAAAGCUCCUGCCAUCUGAACUCACCUCCCAUGCCCUGCUGUGGACUCUAUAUCGACCUGAUGAUGUUGUUAUUGCUCGGAGAGACUAUUUCACUGAAGCUUAUGUGAUCGAGUCGUGCUCAGUGGUCGAGUUUCCACAGGACAACGAGAUUAAAAUGCGUAUCACUCUUGUGUGUCGCUCAUGGGACUACAACGGUGCGAGAUUUGGCCCUGUCACAAAGACUAUAAACCUCAGGAGUUUCAUUGGGAACAAAAAGAUCUAUGACUUGGACGUCUACCCGAUACAAUAUCAUAGAGAGCCGGAUGGUCAGGACAUCAGACGGAAACUGAUCAACCGAGGCUUGAAAUGGAGGAAUAUCGUCGAAGUAGCUCACCGCGAAUAUUCUGCAAUAUGUUGGACUGAUCCUCUUACCCAAGCCGAAGAGGUUCGUCAGAUCGAAGAUCUUGUGCCGGUACAUACGAGCGGCCGUAUCAUCCUAGACUACGCAACUCACCAGCAAGCAAGACCUCAGCUCGCGACAUUGUUGGCCAGGGGCAGCGCAACGAAAGCGGUGACAAAGGACGCAAAGGAUGCCAUUCCCGCCAAUCAGGGCGACGACUUCUUGCUUAAAGCUGACGAUAGUUCCAAGCCCAACAAGCGCGAAAGAAGCGAGUACGACGACAGAUAUCUAUCACACCCAAACGAUGCAACGUACAAGAUGACGCACUCGCAAGCUCUAAUCUGUCCAGCUCGAAUUCGCGGAUUUUCUCUCACCGACAAGAUCUGGGCCUUCUUCCUCGUGGAUGAGGUGAAGGAUAUAACAUGGGCGGAAGACUCGUUCAAGACUCUCGAGCUUGAGCCCAGCGUCAAAAAGACCAUCAGCGCCCUUGUCCACUCCCACGGCAAAUCAAAUAAAGCGCAGGACCAGACGGCUGACGACGUGAUCUCCGGCAAAGGGAAGGGACUGGUAUUCUUAUUGACGGGUCCUCCAGGUUUGGGCAAGACAUUGACAGCAGAAAGUAUCGCCGAGAAUACACAUCGACCUCUCUACGCCCUCACGUGCGGCGAGCUAGGUACCGACCCGGUUGAGACGGACCAGAUCCUCCGCCGGAUCUUCAUCCGGGCCAAAUCCUGGAACGCCAUACUGUUGCUGGACGAAGCCGACGUCUUCCUCGCGAAGAGGGAAAGGAACGACCUGCAGCGAAAUGCAUUCGUAUCCAUCUUCCUCCGUCUCAUCGAGUACUACGCCGGCAUCUUGUUCCUCACGACGAACCGCCUCACGGAGUUCGACGAGGCGUUCCAAAGCCGGAUCCACCUCACCGUGCACUUCAAGCUGCUGGACGACACCAUGCGCGCGGCGAUCUGGAAGAACCUCCUGAGCCGCUUCGACCCGGGCCCCCAGUGGCGCACCGACGCCCUCGCGAAACUCGGCCGCGAGUACAGGAUCAAUGGCCGCGAGAUCAAGAAUCUGAUCCGCACCGCCGCGGCGUUGGCCGAGUUCGAAGGCGUGGCGCUCGACGAGUCGCAUUUCCGGACGGUGUACAAGCUUAACACGACGCAGUAUUGCGACGGUCUCGAUGUCCCGGUCGCCACUGGAGGAGGAGGAGGAGGAGGAGGAGGAGGAGGAGGAGGUCUUGUCCCUGGCACGGGUAAAACUUAG